AGAUCAGUUUGUUCAAGAGCGUCAGAUUCAUUUUCCAGUAGUUCGCAUACAAUCUUCACCAUAAGGUUUACCCAGGUAAUAACAACAAUUUAAAAUGCAUGACUUUUUUUCGUGAGUUUGAGGCGAUUUGUAUUUACAGUCAACGCGCACGUUGCUUUUUCGAGGAAAUAUUUAAUAUUCUUGAUAUAUUUAGGCGCGUCUUGAAGAAAAUUUGCCAAGUGAAAUUGUCAGUGUGAUUCAACUUGUGGAUUUAGCAGGAAGCAAGAGCAUACAUGACGAGGUAAAUUGAUAGUUACAAAUGAUUUGCCUUCCUUACAAAUGAGAUAUGUCCGGAGUUAGGCACCAUUCUGGUCAGACAAUACGGAAGUGUGGUUAUACUCAAUCGAGGAUGCCUCAUGCGUCGUAAACGAAAACCAUGCAUGGUAGACAAUGGUAGACACACGUUUCGCAGGUACAGCAACAACAACAACAACGUUAGCAAGACUACCAUUUUGUACUGGUUAAAACCAGAAUUACACAAAGUAAUUUUCAUCCGAGCCCUUACUACUGAUUAUUGCCAUGUAUUCUCUCCAGUAAUCGUGGCAGUGACAAUAGGCCCUUUGCAGCAAGUCAUUCACGCAACAAACGCAAUGCUGAAGAGCAAGGAAGCACCGGCAAGACAAAAUAGCAAUUUCCUUUUCUCAGUGCGUCUCUUUUUCUCCAGCAUGGCGGUCUUGUACCACGUGAAUUGGACGACUAGCUGCAAUGAGCCUAUUCAUAAGUGUUCAAGGUAGAUUUUGUUCAUCUGCAAAAUGAUAGUCUAUGCUAUAACCUUUGUUCGGACGGCACUGGCCGACCACAGAUUUCGUCGGGUAUGGGCCAUGUCGUUCGUGGUGAAGGAACGCGUGACGAAGGUACGAAGCCCUAUAAGGAACGUCUGGGAGGGAGGGUAGGGUCAGUUUUAGUUGUACAUUGAUCAAUGACCAACUGUUAUCUGCAGCUCAGUUUGACCCGUAAUUGAUGAAUAAACUGUUUCUUUCUAUGCUGCUCAAAAAUCGAGAUGUUUCUGUUUUAAUUUUUAUGUUUAAGUGUUCUGACAGCUGUUCCACUUCUGAUGGCGACAAAUCUCUGAUGAUGCUGGAGCGGGUGAUGUCUACGUUAGCAAACCGCGGCUCAAACUCCUCAACGUCCGGCCCUUCCGUCCCAUACAAAGACUCUGUAAGUAGAAAAACCUUCCCAUUUAAAAUGUGAAAUGACCAUCAAUAAGAGAUUGACAACUAACAUCACAAACUUUAGUCUUUGUUAGAGCUAACAGAGGAAUUAUGCGAUGUGUUUGGUUGAUGUGUAAGAUGAAGCUACCUUAUUGGUGGAAAAAAGUAUAAUGACGUUUGAAUGACUUGCGUCAUGCACAGUCGUACCAGCUCGGGUCACCUGAUGCCUUUCGGCUUAUGAAGGUGCCCAAAUUAUGGUGUGUUCAUUUUUUUAAGUUCCAGCCGUAAUUACUGGUGUUUGAUGUUAUGAAGAUUUCGCCUUGAACAUUAAAAAUGAGAGUGAAAGGGCCACAAAAUCGUGCAACUUGUUUUGUAACAUUCCUGCAAAACGAGUUCAAUAGCGAUGUUGCUUGUUGUAGGUUACGAGAAGUUAUUUUUCAACAUUUUUUCACGUACGUGUGUAUAGGUAGCUACACUCUUGUUUUCGUGUUUUAUUUUUAUCACCCCAAUCGCUCUCGCCGAACCCUCAAAAACGGCCCAUAAUCAAAACGUUUUGUUUUUUGUCUGGCGCCAGUCGAAGGCUGUAUUGUUCGCAACUUGAUUCAAAAGAAAUCCUCAAUCCUUUGUGCAGACAAAACAGAAAAGAAUAGGAUAACCAAUGAAAUAAAAACAGUUGUGUUCUUGUGUUAGGGAGGUUAAGCAACGACGACGGCAACGGCAACGGCAACGAGGACGUCUAAAAAGCAAUAGGUUGAGAUUGGUAAGACAACAACUUUGCACGUGCAACUCGCUUUUUUGUACGUUUCUUUGCCGUCACUCCACGACUACAACGUGAAAAUGCCUAAUUUCACGUUUUGUCGAGGACGUGAACACAAGACAACAACUUUCUUUUUCUUUUCCUGAACUUUGAGGCAGUCUUUUAGAAUUCAACUACAAAAAUAUUUGCAAACAUUUAACGAAUUAAACGAGAUGGAAUAAGCGCGAUUUUGUUUGAGGCAACGCGAAUUCACCUUUUAAGUGACGUUUUCAUAGCCGUCGCCGUCGUUGUUGCUUAAGCUCCCUAUUAGGGACUUUAAGAUUCAACGACGCGACGGCAAAGAAAAACGUCGCUUAAAAAGUGUAUUUGCUUUCUUUCAGUCUUUAUCGCAAUUAUUCCUACCCACUUACUUUAUCACUAAUGUAGGCGAACCCUCCUGGAGUUGAAUUCCUAGGGACCAUAUCCAAGUUCAGAAAGAGAAAUAGCAUUUCGUUGUUCCUUGUUUACGUACUCCAUAAAAUGAGAAAUUAGGUAUUUUCACGUCGUAGUCGUGCAAAAACGGGUAAAGACAUGUACAAACGAGCGUGAUGCACGUGCAAAGUUGUUGUUUUGGUUGUAAAACCUAUUGUUUUUAUGAGGUUUUUGUCGCCGUCCGCGUCGUUGGAUCUUAAAGUCCCUAUGAGAUCAACACGUAUAACUUCGUGUCUACACUAUGCCGUAUAGUUUUUCGUGCCGACAUGUAAAGCUAUCCGGUACAAUAGGAACGGCAACGGUACGGAAGUGAAACAAGUCGUACACACACAUCAAACAUCGCACGGAGCGGUUGGCUGAGAGAGUUUGGUGCACUUGAUCUCAAUUCUCACUUUUAAAUAUUUACUUCCGGUUCAGUGGGUUCCAGUCCUCGCUCCUACUCAUUUACUUCCGCUACGCCCCGAACACAUGUUUACCCUGCGAAGAAGAAUGACAAACCCACCAAAAUCAUCGUUCUUGUGUGUGAACAACAGUCCUAUUCGGUAUGGUUUUUCUUGUGGGCGUAAGAGCUAUCCGGUAUCGGUAUAGUGUAAAAAUGGCGUAAAUAAUUGACUUUUUUUUCAUUUUGUUGUAGGCGCUGACCUGGAUAUUGAAAGAUUGUCUUGGUGGAAACUAUCGAACAGUUAUGCUCGCUGCUGUAUCACCAUCGGCUUCUUGUCACAACGAGACGCUGAACACGCUGAGAUUCGCAAAUCAAGCUAAAAAUAUAGUGAAUGACCCUAAAGUAAAUGAGGUAAGCUUUGAUUUGAGAAAAACAAGCAAACAAAUGAGCAAACAAAGGGGGAACCAAGUCUACCAAUUUUGAAAAACACUUUCAAAUUACUGUUUUUCACUGUCUAUUUUCUAAUUGCUUUUGAGUAUUGCGGAACAGUCAGGGAGCAUAAGCAACGACGACGGCGGCGGUUACGAGAACGUGAAAAAAGCAAUAGGUUUAGAUUGGCAAAACAACAACUCUGCACGUGCAUAACGCUUUUUUGUACAUUUCUUUGCCUUCACUGCACGACUGUGACGUUAAGUGCCUAAUUUCACGUUUUUUGGAGAACAUGAACACAAGAGAACGACUUUCUUUUUCUGUUCCUAAACUUCGAUACAGCCUUAAGAAUUUCACUCCAGAAAAAUUUUCCGACAUUUGACGAAUUGAACGAGAUGGAAUAAGCGCGAAAAAGUUUGAAUGAGCGCCAAUUCAGUUUUUAAAUGACGUUUUUUUAAGCACCCUAGGUUUUACUCUUAAAAAAUCAAACUACUGCACACAAAACGUGACGCGCUGAUAGCUUGGAUCAAUUAACGCGUGCAGAGGACACAGUCUCGCCCUCGUAAACCCGUAAAGCGAGUAAAUUCAAGAUUGGCUGAAACAUUGUCCUGACAAAAGAAAAGGUUUACAGGCGUAGUUUGGGCUUGAGUUUAGCUAACUGCUUACCAAAACCCCCUUCUAAGCCCUUUUAAAUUUGUCCAGCCGUCACACCUAAAAAUAGUUUGCUGUUAAUAGCGUAAGAAGGCUUGCAACCCAAACUAGAGAGCCAGUACUAUACUUAUGUGGGGGUCCGCUGAGUCUCUGUGCCGCGAGAAAGUCAGACUUCGUUUAAAAUAACUGGCCCUAAAUACCUACCCUGGAAAUAACCUCUUGCUCAUAGAGCGCACCUAUAUAAUUGGUGCAUGAAAAUUGCCUAGUUUCUCGGCUAACGGAUAUGACCUCAAUGCACUACGAACUCCCUGUUGACCGAGACAAGUUGCACAAACGCGCUUAUAGGUAUUCACCACGAGCCAUAAUAUUAUGGCUCUUGGUAUUCACGGUGCUAAUCAAGUAAUUUGCGCUUUGUAUUUUCAGGACGAAAAUGUGAAAUUGAUCAAAGAGCUCAAGUUAGAAAUACACACACUGAAAAAGAAGUUAAAGGUAUGCUUUAUUAAUAUAUUUUCUCCAUGAUCAGGUUUUUUUUUUUUAAGCAAUUGUUGUAGUAAUCCGUCCAUUCAUAAGUGGACUGAAUUUCUCUGUGUUGACAAGCCUGCUGCCUUAGUAAAAUAUGUCAGAGCCCCAGGCGCCAUAAUUAAUAAAUGAAAACAGAGAAUUUAUUGAUCGAUUAGUUCCGAACAUUAAACUUAAAUGUUCAUUGAAACGAACGAAAUGAAAUAAUAACGUAUUGAAUGCGUUAUCGUGGCUUCCAGGAUAGAACUACAGUUGAAUAGUUUUUAUUAUUUUUAUUAUUAUUAAUUUUAUUAUAAUUAUUAUUAUUAAAAAGAAACUUUUGAAUUUUAGAGGCUGACAAUUUUUUUUAUUGAAAUGAAAUGUCUUUAAUUCGAACAAAUUUUUCUUAGUUAAAUUAACUCUUUCUAAGCUAAAUUAAGUGCUUUUUAAAUUUAUUAUUAUUAUUAUUAUUCUUGAUCAAUAACGAUUUCUUAAAACAUAAGCAAGCGAAUAUUAACGUUAAAAGCCGACGUUUCGGUAUCAUCAUGACACCAUUCUCAAGGCAAAAUGAAUAAGUAAUGCGAAGAUUUGAUUUCUAUUUGUAGAGACUACAGAAAUCAAAUCUUCGCAUUACUUAUUCAUUUUGCCUUGAGAAUGGUGUCAUGAUGAUAACGAAACGUCGGCUUUUAACGUUAAUAUUCGCUUGCUUAUUAUUAUUAUUAUUAUUAUUAUUAUUAUUAUUAUUAUUAUUAUUAUUUUGCGUUAUUGUCCAUUUCUUUAUACCCAGAGUCUAUCUUUAUCUUUCAUCCUCUCCUUCGUGAAGUUCUUUUUGCUUUGUCUAGUUCGUGCUUCCUCACAGUCAGUUUGAACCUGGCAAUUAAUAUUACACACCCUCUCACUGUCAAUCUUAAUUAAUGGGACCCGCAUGACUUAUUUUUUGGGGAUUUAUAGGUGACUAUUUACCCACUGGGCCUUGAAGAUUCGAAAUUAUCAUACUGAAGAAGGAGAUAUCUGAAGGCAAACUCGAAUACGGACGUGAAUUAGAGCAAUCCGCCAACUCAAUCUGAUUUUCCAAUGACAUUGCAGUAUUAUUAUGCUCGGAAUACUCUAAAGUCAUUUGGUCUUUGUUUCCGCUGUGUUAAAUCGUGAUUGCGUACGUGCUCAAAUAAGCAUGUCCUUAAGAUGGGAAAAAUGAAUUCCCAGCACGAAAACCCGUUUUUACCAACCGCAAAAGUAAUUCCCUGAAAACACAAAUAAAAAUCGAUUAACCGCAAAUUAAACUCCCGCAAAAAUUUAACUUCACACUGUCAAGAUUUAAACGUGUGUCCGGCCUCUAAUCUUGAUUUGGAAUAAAGGUUUCUUCUAUCGGAACGCUCAUUAUUGGUAAAGAUUUUCAGGCCUUUUCAGGUUAAAAGUAAUUUCCAUUCUCGUCUUUAUUCAGUUUUCCCUACUAAAGCGAUGUUCUCUGCUGCAUAGCCUCUUUAGCUUCUUCGAUCUGUUUCCUAAAAUUUAAAUCAAGCUGAAUGUUAGCUACCGAAAUUUGCAGUCAUUUGACCAGAAAAAACCAUCGCGAUUUUUAGCGAUCCGACAAGACCGAAAAUCACUGACACCACAUAAAGACGAGAAAAAGAAGAGCGAAAAGAGUAGGCAGAGAAGAGGGGAAAAAAAUGUCCGCAUUCUUAGUUUUUUGGCUGCUUUUCCCGUUGGAAGUCUAUUUCGCUAUUGGUAAGUUGUAAUUCGUCUUACGGUGAAUAAAUCCACGCUAUACGGAUUUUCUUUCGCGAUUCUUAAUUUUGUUAUAUGAAAGCAUUUCAAUUAAGACACUCUAAUUGUUUAAGUUGAAGUUUCUAAUGUGGCUUACUCUGUGGAAUUUCGAUGUUUAUGCAUUUGUUAAUUGGUAAUUUUGUCGAUAUGGGGUCAUAAAUCUAGGGCUAAAAGUCACCAAUAGAUCAACUAACUGUUGUUGUAGUCGUUUGUCAUACUUAGUAGCGUAUUUAUCAAGAUUUCACCCGUAAAGACUAAAAUCCAACGAUCUGUACCCGCGUUCGUAAUUUGUUACGAUUGUGUUUCCUUUGCUGACGUACUUGAGAUAAAAUUAAAAAGACUUCAAAACAAUUUUCAUCGAACAAUAGCUUGCUGUGGGAUCAAAUUGGCUCCAACACUUUUUUCAUAUCCAAUUUAAUCACUGUAUGAAAGAAACAGCUUCAUACUCGUGUAGAUAAUAAAACGAAAAAACCUUUGCCUUGAAAAAUACGCUGGAACCAUGCGGCGUGCUGACCGCCAUUCUGUCGCACUCAAACUGUGGUUGUCGCGGUGACCUUUUCAGCUUUAUCUUGUUAUGAAGUUUUGUUGUUAACCUCGUAAGCCGACGCAAUCUUGCUGGAGUGUCGCCCCAGAACGACGUUUCCGUCACCAGCUGCUUGCUAGGGACAGGUGCUUGCUAUUUUCCGUAAUUCUCACAAAACAAACAGUUGCGCGGACUAAAUAAUGCGAAAAUUUUAUCGACUCCUCUGCGAAAGCCUUAAACGCGCGUAAGGUGGAGCCUUUGAACCUCGCCGUCGAAAUACUGAAAAAGGACAAGUGUAGAGGAUACCUUCAAACGAUGACCCUGAGGCCAUAAGCGGUUUAUUCUACAUGUUCCGGUUUUUUCGCUUCUCAGGACUACGGGUAUAGUAAUUAAUACGACGUACAUGUGUUGUCAGGCAUGUUUGUUCUCUUCUUGUUUAUCAUGAAAUUUGUGGACUUAAGGCCGCCUCUUCUGCAAAUUUCACUCUUUGAUCAAAUUCAGUCAGUUCUUUUGUUCACCUUAGACGAAUCUGGCAUUGUUCGGAUGUUUUGCUUUGAUCUAUCCCUCGAAUUUACAUGUACUUUCGUUUUUUGUUUACCAAUUUCUUAGCGCGUUCUCUUCUUAACCUCGGCUCGAGAUAUCAUAAACAAGUUGCACUCUGCGUUUUGUGUUCAUCGUGGUCGAAAUCUUUUUAUUCUGAUGUUUUGCUUCCUCCUUAAUUACCACUCUUUUUAUGCGAUUGUCACCGACAUUCAGCGUUCUCGUAGUCACGUGACUAAUUUUGUUAUCUCUCCCCAUUAUUCAAUAACCUCAUUUUCACGAUGUAAUUCAAAUAACAAGUCGUUUGCUCAAUCUUGACAGGCUUUUAACUCUAACGAGCCAGCGUGAUCACUACAUUCAAAGUUCGGGAAGAUCGAUUUGGUCAAAUUCUACCUUCAGCAAUGCGUAUUGUUCGUAUAUUAGCGUCGGCAGUAUUUCCACAGGUAUAAAGUGUCACAAACGGCGUACGUAGUUUUUGCUUUUAGUUUUUGUUCAACAUACGCAUGAUAUCACCUCACAACGUCGUAAAGUAUUUCUCAUAAACCUUUCCUUCGAUUUGCUGUCCAGAUGCGCUCGUUUUUUCUUCCCUUUUUGUCUCCUAAAGACCUAGUUAAAAAGGACUUAAAGAGCGUUAGAAAAAAAUAUGCUCAGUAUUUUUCCCGUAGAUAAGUGCUAGUUGAACGGCAGAAUGUCCUAGCUAGCCGAAUGCACCUUGCAUUCUCUUUUCUGUAUUAAUUUUCUUUUGCAUUUCAGAGUGGUGAUGUGUCGAAUUCCUCAGAGGUCGACAAAACGGAGAGAAAGCUUCAGGAAAGUGAGGAUCUCAUGAAACGUUUGACAGGAAUAUGGGAAGACAAGUGGAGCAGAACUCAAAAACUCAUCGAGGUGAAGUGUUAAAAGUCUUUUCGCAGGUUGUUUUUAGACGAACACGUUUUAUUCAUUUGUAAAUUGUCCGCGAAUUGCUUGCGCCUGCUUUACCCUAUUGCUCAUGUUGUGUUUUCAAUUGCUAAAGGCUGUUUAAUAAAGGAAAAUCGAGCUUUUUUAAUAGCUAUUGAUAAGCAGAUAAAGGCUACGUCUUUGCGUCCAGUUUUUUAAAUGCUUUGAUGAUAAUACCGCGAGAGUGAAUUUAUCUAUGAAUUAUCGUUUGAAUUUUUUUUUUCGCCUUCUGUGUAUCAAACAAAAUAUGUUAUUUUUGCGAAGACCACGAUUUUGGAUAAUACCGUGACGGAUAGCGUUUUUCUCUUCCUUUUUCUACGUCAAGCGGACAUGUAAUUUGUAUUGAUUGAAAUAUUACUUUUGCCUCCGGCUAGAAGUCAAUGCCGCAGAGAUAGCAAAACAAUUUUCAAGCACGUUCUCGACGGACUCUCGGCGCGCUUCAACGUGGGGCAUUAUUUUUUUAUUCAAUUCGGUCUUAUGUAUUUUUUUUGCUACGGUCAGAACUAUAUCUGUUAUCUAUUUUUUUUUUAGUAGCUUUUUCGAAUCAAUUAUAUUUCGAUCGUUCGCUCGAUCGUCUGUUUCCUCAGUACCCUUAAAUUAAGGUUUUUUUUUCAUUUUUUAUGUAUGACUUAAAUACGUUAAUUUGUCAAAAUUAACUGGAAAUGAACUAUUUUUUGAUACAAAAAGAGGACAGGAUCUUUCUUAAUGCGAUGCCUUGCCUGACUUGAAACUGGAAAUUUGCUGAUAUAUUACAGCAUUUUCGCAGCUAUUUAAUUUAAAGUCCAUUUAUAGGUCGUUUCGCUGGUUCACAAUUCAUUGUCUUUAGACGACGUACAGCGUUAAAUGAACUCUUGGAUUUGUCUUGUGGAUUAUCAGAUUACCGUAAAGUAGCUGCCGUACUUUAAUUGCUAAGAUGAGACAAUAAGUUGUAUUUUUUUAUUAACUUUAUUCUGCGAGGUGCUUGGCUCCAUUACUAACUAAAAAAUUUUAUCUUUGAGAUCAAGGUUCUUGAUUCAAUCUUACCCAUAUGAUAUAGAUAUGUCCUUCUAUCCCAAAACAUCAUCAUCCAUUAGUCAAGGACAGUUAGCAGUGAUGAAUCAUGCGAAUGAGAUAUCGCUGUCAGGCUCCUUUUGUUUUUCGGCUUGUGCUAUUAGUGAAGUAGCUUAAAAUGAAUUCUAAACUUAACGGUUUUUAUAGUCACACGGAUAGUUUCUUUCACCCAAACCUUCAAAAUCUAAAAAAGGCACUUUCGUUGCUCUUAUUGUCACACGGAUAGGUUCUUUCGCCCAAACCUUCAAAAUCUAAAAAGGCACUUUUGUUGCUCUUUUAUUGUUUCCUUGAAACGUUAAGUAGAGUCAAGAAUCAAUAGAAAGAACGAGUAACGAGUGAACCUUUUCGGCCGUUUUGAGUAGAAAUAACUUGACCAAUCUCAGGUAUCCGAAACGUUAAAUUCUAUUUCUUUUCUAUUACAGUACGCCUUGUAACAAAGUAGAUAGGAGGCAAAAGUUACCGUUUUCAAUAGCACUUUUAGUGCGUAUACAGCUUCAAUGUUUGAUCACAAACAUGACCCCCACUCCCCUCCAAUUUAACUGAAUCUUGCCUCGAGCGUCUGACGCAAACGACGUGAAACGUUCCUUGUUGUGAUCUUAUUAGUAUUCAGUAAAGUUUUACACCAGUGAUAAGACUAAUCGUGCUGCAGCGUUGUGCCUUUCAGGCCGUUUGUUAGAACGAAGAGCCCAUGGUCUCCUAUUAGAAUGCAAAAGCAUACAUGGUCUCUAAAUUGAGUCUGAGGAAGAAGCAACACAAAAUAACCGAUUUGUUUAUUCAGUCUGCGCUGAAAGUGACAGUGUCCUGGAGAUUUUUUCUUUUUUGCUCAAAAUGUCCUACAAUUCUAUUCAGUAACUUUUAUGCACAUAAAGCAGUUUGAUUAAAAUUGCCAAUAUAAGAAAAACGUAAAACAUGAGUGUGUGGGCUCGACGUUUUCAAGAUGCUAUCCAUUUUCACGAGGUCUUUAAUUCCAUAACCAAAAACAUUUAUGACAUUUGCAUUACAUAUGACAUUUAUGAAUAGUUUAGCUGAAACUCUUCCUCCAAGGCGGUUUUCUUGUUCGGAGUGUCAAACUUUAGUCUUGAAUGUAGUUUACAUCAUGGACGGUUGUAUUUGAAUAAGAACAGUAAUAAGUCUGGUAUUAUACUAUGGAUAAACAAUGUCUGAUAAGAGACCACUUCAAAAAUGGUUCAAUCUUUCGCUGUCUUAGGUUCGCGUGUCAAAUAUGCGCCUUGCUUGUUGCUUACAUUUCACUGAGUAGGUUGUAUUUUUAUUAUGGCGAUAAAGCCACUUCCGUAAACUGCAUUUUAGUACUAUUUUUUGAUUUUGUCCAGCCUUUUAUGUUGCGAUCAAAUAACUUUACUUCAAAUUUGAGUCUAGUGUUAAGGGUUUUAAGAAAGCAACUUGAGCCAUGUUUUAAUCUUAUGGCUUCUGAACAAGUUAACUCGAAUUCAAACUGAGUUUUAGCUAAGAUCUGUAGCUUGAUUAGAUGUGAGUCUACCACUGAUCUAUCUCGAAGCAUUUCCGUUUGCGUGCCAAACAUUCAUCUUUCGUGCUGCUUACGUUUUUCAUAGGUUGUAUUUUAAUAACUUUUUCUCUGACCAGAUAAGUUUUCCAUUAUUGUUUUCCGUUUUUAGCUUUUCAUCUUCCGCAAAGUACACAGUACACAAUAAGCUGACUUUCAAACAGGGAAGUAAAGAAAGAUAAUUGUAGUUUCUGUAAACGUAAAUGAUAUUAACACCUGCUUACACAAACUGCAAGGGAUUAUAAACCUUUGAGCUGCAAUUUUAUUUUUUCAUAAGGCUCCAGUUAUAGCCUUGAAUUGUAUUUUUAUUUCACUUGCAACCUGUAAAAAUGUCUCAAAAGUUUCAUAAUUCAUAGUAGAUUGGAUAAUCGUGAGCAUGCUGAGUUUUCCGUCAUAAUUUGUACGGAUUUCUUCGAAUCUUAAUUGGUACGGUGUUCUAUUUUUAAUGUUUUAUGUAGAUGAUUUUUCUCUCGUUGUAUCUUCCAUGUUAAAUAUUUUCCAUUCCUUUUUUCUUGGCAAUUCACUUCUCGAAAUGCAGAAAGUAACAUUUUCAAGUUAAACGGUGGCGUCAUUUCUGGUCUCCUCCUCUUUGAAGAAUUUUACAAAUCCCGCGCUUCCCUACACUCUUGACACUGAGGCUUUCAGAAUCCGGAUUUCUUUUCUUGAAGCGGACACGCUGAAUUAACUUGCUCUUUGCCGUCACGUGUGUGACGAUCACUAUUCCCGGGAUCAUCAUUUUGAGUCCUUAUGGCCUCCUCAGCGAAUCCAGAAUAGGUUUGGUGGGAUGCUAGGUGUGGCCUUUUUGUGGUGAUACUGGUAAUGCAAGCUUAAAAUAGGAGCGGGAAGUGCGAAUUUGAAAUUUAAAAUAACGAGUGCUGUUUUUUCGUUGUUGUCAUAACAGAACCUUGCCUCAUUGGGUCUUUUUAUCCAUUUUUCACCACGUUAACAUUGCAUUUGGUUAUUUUGUAAGGCUUUUGCUUUGUGGGACUGCAGCCAGUCUCACUCAUACUAUCGGGAUUUUCUCGCACCUCACCGUGACGUUUAGGUGAUAGGUAGAUGGUUUGAACAAUACGCAAAUGCUUUCAGCAUACGCUAGAUCAAAAAAAAAAGGCACAGAUUUAGUGGAUAGCUCCAAUGAUAAAAUUUUAAGGAUUUAUCAGUGAUAACACGAGCAGCGUAAUAUGUGGAGUUUACUAUACUAAUUGUAGCGUCUUGUAUCUCCCUCUUCUUAAAUGUUACAAUAUUCUCGUUUUCUUGCCGCUAUUUUAAGGAGUACCAAACUGUGGAGAAUGUCUCCACAGUUUUGUUUUCGACGAAGGAAAACUCUUCUUUAUCUUUUGGUUGACCGCCGUUAUCUUGUCAUUUUAAUGAUUGUUAGUUUCAGAUCGCAUACAGUCCUAUCCUACUUAGCAGGGUUUUAGGGCGGAGGGAGAAAUUUCGAGGACGCGCGCGCGGAUGAGGGAGAAAAAGAGAGUGGGAGGACUAACCGGUGCCAGCCACGCGGGCUAAUUCAAUCCCACGAAGGCGCUCCAAUAACCUAUGAUUAUAAAUGAUUAUUUUUAGUACAGUCAUUCAAGUUGCGGGUUCGUUCGUUUCUCUUCGUAUAUCUUUAGCAAGGUCACGUCCAAAAUGUCAUUGGAACAAGGCAAAUAUUCUAAAAGAUUUGCGCGCGAGUAGAUGUUACGUCGUCUAUGUGUAUAUAGUUACGGGAGUUAUCGAUUUUAAAAAAAAGAGAAUAAGAAAGGAGAAUUAAGGCCACCGUUUAUUUAUUGUCUUAUUUAUGCGAGGGUAGAAUACACUGAAUAUUCUUAAUGACUCUUAAGCAGCUAAUAACCUACAAAUAUGGAUGAUGUAUUAUUUUCUUAUUUACGUGAUAAGAAAAAGUUAUUUCAGCCGUAUUUCAUUAUAGAUGAUGUUGGAAAUUUGUUCGUGACAAGAAUGAUAUUUGUAAAGGAAGCAAAACAGUGCUUUUUACCUGAAGUCGACUCAACAAAUAUCAUUUUGGCGAAAGUGGCACUUUCAUAAAAUAAAGCAAAUUUAUUUGUUCCGUUCUUUUGCCUUUGACAAACAACGAAAAGAAUAAUUUCCGUGAAUUAUGAGAGUGACAGGUAAUUAUUUUAUUUAGUAUUGCCGUCAUUUUGUCAGGUUUAAUAUGUUGUACAUAUGUCAAUGCGCUACAGAAUUGCUGUUGUCAGUAAUGUCAUAAAAUUCAAAUGUCAGCUAUUGACUUUGAUUGUAACGUAUUGAGUUUGUAACAUACAGAGAAAAUAGAUGGCACUUUGAUUGGGCCGGGAGAUUCAUAGUAAUUGGCGUCAGAAAUUCUUGAAUCUCUUUUUUACGAAAGGAAAAGAAAAUUGAAAUAAGGGAAGAAUCAAUUAUUUGUGUCAAAGAAGACAACUGACGGCAGAAAAAGUCGUCUGCUAUCCUACUGGAAAUCGCACUGCAAAACGCGUUUUUGGAGACAAGAGUUUGUCGUUCGAUGUAAUGGAAAUUAUUGAUUCAGUUUUAGCUAAAUCGAGCUCUAAGUUUGUGCUAACUUGGCGUUCAGUGUGAUGAGGCUGGAAAUUUUAACUCGCAGUGGAAGUCAGGUAACAUUUAAAAAGUAGCCCUUCUUUUAUGCUUAGUUNCACUGAAUAUUCUUAAUGACUCUUAAGCAGCUAAUAACCUACAAAUAUGGAUGAUGUAUUAUUUUCUUAUUUACGUGAUAAGAAAAAGUUAUUUCAGCCGUAUUUCAUUAUAGAUGAUGUUGGAAAUUUGUUCGUGACAAGAAUGAUAUUUGUAAAGGAAGCAAAACAGUGCUUUUUACCUGAAGUCGACUCAACAAAUAUCAUUUUGGCGAAAGUGGCACUUUCAUAAAAUAAAGCAAAUUUAUUUGUUCCGUUCUUUUGCCUUUGACAAACAACGAAAAGAAUAAUUUCCGUGAAUUAUGAGAGUGACAGGUAAUUAUUUUAUUUAGUAUUGCCGUCAUUUUGUCAGGUUUAAUAUGUUGUACAUAUGUCAAUGUGCUACAGAAUUGCUGUUGUCAGUAAUGUCAUAAAAUUCAAAUGUCAGCUAUUGACUUUGAUUGUAACGUAUUGAGUUUGUAACAUACAGAGAAAAUAGAUGGCACUUUGAUUGGGCCGGGAGAUUCAUAGUAAUUGGCGUCAGAAAUUCUUGAAUCUCUUUUUUACGAAAGGAAAAGAAAAUUGAAAUAAGGGAAGAAUCAAUUAUUUGUGUCAAAGAAGACAACUGACGGCAGAAAAAGUCGUCUGCUAUCCUACUGGAAAUCGCACUGCAAAACGCGUUUUUGGAGACGAGUUUGUCGUUCGAGGUAAUGGAAAGUAUUGAUUCAGUUUUAGCUAAAUCGAGCUCUAAGUUCGUGCUAACUUGGCGUUCAGUGUGAUGAGGCUGGAAAUUUUAACUCGCAGUGGAAGUCAGGUAACAUUUAAAAAUUAGCCCUUCUUUUAUGCUUAGUUUGCGAUCGCCUCUUAAUUUUGUUUCAAAAAAUUUUCCGGCAUUUGUCGUCUUCUUGAAGUAUGAUUAACGGCAAGACUUCUAUUGCGUUUAUAGCUCAACCAUACUAGCUCAGUCGCUAACAAAGUUUCAAUGACGUACCAUAUACUCCGUCCUUUCUGUCCUGAAAACGUAAUGCUGAUUUUAAGUAUAGUCAGUCAAAUACGCAACAAAAGCUAUCAAGAUAAAUCCACAUAGGCAAGGCUCCUUAGACAUAGUGACUUAAAACUCCGUAGAUUUAACUGACUUUUAAUACUAAGCGUAUUCUAUCUCCGAUCUUUUUGGGAGCCGACAACCAUUUCAGACGUUAUCACUCCAGUGGUCAAGCGAUUUGUUACUCUAUUGCUUUUGGCGUCGCUUUUCUGUGCUUGAUUUUUUUCUGUCCACUUUUUUUUUAAAUCAGGAGCGUGCACUAGCCGUCACAGAGCUGGGCUCGGCGCUCAAGUUCGAAACAGACGAGCCUCAUUUUGUGAGUCUUGGCGGAGGAAGGCUGAGUAUCGGUGUCACUCUUUGUCCUAUUAAACGAGGUAAGAUGCGAUAGAAAGGAAAUUAUUAGAUCGAUGAAGGGUUGAGAAGGUGCAAAACAACUCACGUCAACCGGAAGCAAGGUCUUUUCCCUUUUACUGUGCCUUGACGCUGCCAAAUAUGUCUUUCUAAGUAUCCUUACUCUUAUUGAGACGAAUUGCUAGAAAAUUUUGCAAAAAUCGUUGCCCAAUAAUUCAAAACGCCCACUUCCGGUUGACUUGCGUCGCUCGGAAAUGUCCUUACUUGAGCUCCCUAAUAUCUGCAUGCAUGUUACCAUGUGUUUAGAUCCGUAUAACGUGCAUGCUUUCAAUAUUGGGCCCCUAAUCACAUGCAUAUAACCGAUAUUAGGUUCCUAUUCUGGUCACAUCUCCAUGACCGAUGUCAGAUCCCAAAUCACGCAUGUUCCCGACAUAAAAUCCCUGAUCACAGUUUUUGGUCUCUAAUCACAUGCUUCUUACAGAAUUGAUUUCUCUUAUCCGGUGCAUGUCACAGACAAUGGGUCAUUUCUGAGUUCCUAAAAACCCCCUUACAAAAAGAUCAGGUGGAAAUACCCUCAUAUAAAAAUGAGGUUUAUUUGCAAGCAUCCUGUCGUAUUGCAUGAGAAUAAACCCCUUCUUCAUUUCGCAGCUAGCAUCUUUCGAAAAUUAAAGCGAGAGGCGAAUUGGAGAUUGCCUUUUAGGUUUCAUGUGCGUGUUGCGGUUUUAACUUGCAUGUUAAACAACUAGUAGAUAUUCGAUCCCUGAUAACCUUGCCUAAUCACAUUAUUUUGUCCCUAAUGACAUGCAUCUUACCAAUAUGAGGACUCUGGUCAAGUUUUAGAUGAUUAGGUCUCUAUGGAUCACGAAGGUACGGUAUUAGAUGUUACCAGUGGUAACUCCCUGAUAACUUGCACCUUUCCUAUAUUAAAUGAUAAUCACUUAUCGAUAUUAGGUCCCCUUUCACAUACAUGUCUUCGAUGUAAGGUGAGGAUUUUCUCCGCCCAAAAGACGUGUAGUGAAAUGUGUGUAAAAUGGUAAUACUUUCUUUUCAGGUAAAACCUUGAUCGGCGUUUCAACAGACACGUGUAAACCCGACAUUCAGCUAAGAGGAAAAGGAAUAGAACCGUACGUUUUUGCUUACUUUACAAAUAAUUGCUUACUUUUCCACGCGCGUCGCGUCUCCUCGCAGGAGGCGAUUCCGCCCGAACGCCUUUCCCUAGCGUGUUUCACUCGCUUCACUACUUGGCCUCAUAGGAUUGGCUGUGAAAACAAUAAACAGAAAUAUAACAAUGACUCUAUCACUAAACCAAUGGGGCUGCGUGUUACGGAGAACCAAUAAAAUUAGAGGAUAUUUAGGACCUGGGCACUAUCCCCCUCUACUAAAGGAAAAGAAGAACCAUUUCAAAUAGCCUGAGUAUCAGGUGUUCCCUCCUAAGGGGCUUGGGGAGAGGAGAUUUUAGGUGGGGGAGAAGAGAAUGGAAGGGCGUUUCUCUCCUUCAGCUCUCUCCCUUUUUCGCUUCCAUCUUUCCCCUUUUCCCCAGAAACGCCUGAUACUCAGGCUAAUUUCAAAUGGCUCCCAUGACCACAAAUGGCAUUUUUGGUCAGGAGCCAAAUUAUGGCUCCUGCUAGUUGACUGUGUGGUAAUGUUAUUGUAUUCGCUGUGAGCGCUUAAACGUUUCUUUCGCCGACCUUUAUUGUGCCAGACUCUACAAUAAUGUGUUAAUUCGGCAUGGUUUCGCCACUGGUGGUCGGACUGUGCAUACAUCGUGUUUUUCUUAGGAUCGUGGGGUUGACCAUCCUAACGAGGAAGCAACUCUUACAGCUGCACGUCUCCAUAGAUCGAAGGCAGUAACCGUGGUAGUCUUAAAAGUUACAGAGAUAGAAAUUUAAAGAGAGCUACAGUAGCUGGGUAGAACGUGUUUCUGAUUGGCUGCUUAGAUGUUCUACUCGUGCUGCCAUAAUGAAUGAGUGAUUAAUUGGGAUCUUUUGUGAGCUGUAAAAUAUUAAAAUGACUUGCUCGAUCUGAUUCAAAUUGAAGCGCUAAGGAAUUUGAUUGUGUAGUCGGUACCAUUGUCUUAAAGAUCCCAGGCGUGUUUUGUAAGCCUGACGAUGAGAAGCUGACACUAUAUGCGAUGUCAUUACCCUUUUAUUCCCAGAAGUGGCCAAAAUGAAAAUUAGACAAAAAUAUCCAAAUUUCAUUUUGCUAAAUCCUGAACAAGAAAUAGUACCAUGUGAAAGUACUGCCAAGGAGGUUUCAUAUGAAUAGUCACACCAAAGGAUUUGGUCCACAGACUCAAAAGUUAAAACUACGUACUAUUAAAUAGUACCAUGUUAAAGUACUACAAAAGAGGUUUAAUUUGAAUGGUAACACAAUAGAAUUUCAUCCACAGACUCAAAAGUUAAAACUACAUACUAUUAAAUAGUACCAUGUGAAAGUACUGCAAAAGAGGUUUAAUUUGAAUGGUAACAACACAAACUCAAAUGUUAGAAACACCUUUCAAGACUCCAUCAUUAACUCUGAGGGUGAAAGAGUGAAGGGAAAUUUCAUAGUUUUUAAGCUACGUUCGAUCAUCUGAUCUAAACUCACUAACCUCCCUGUUUACAUUAUGAUCCCUGUAACUUUUACCGACGAAGUCUGAUGACCGCUUAGUGCAUGACACUCGAAUACAUAACUGCCUUUAAUUAAAUUUUCCAUUCCAAAAUUUCCCAAUAAAUGAAUACUGAAUAAAUAUUUAAUAAUUCUCCCCUAGUAGCUAGCGUUCAAAUGAUUUCUUACUGCAAUUUAUUAACAACAAAUGUCAUUUUUCAACAGUGAGCACUGCACAGUCGAAUACAAUGGCGAUGCAGUUGUUCUUUACCCCAAAGCAGCCUUGUGUUCUGUGGAUGGUAUUCCAAUCUCUGAGCCCACGAGGCUACCCCAAGGUACGUAAAAUGUUUUCUUUCAAAAUAAAUGAAGAAUGUGCUUAUGGCAGGUGAUUCAUCUUAUAAGCUAGAGUUCUCCUGUCCUUAUCCCCGAGAGGGGUGGAUUGCACACUACCCCAUCACAGAAAAUAGACGCUUCAUAUUAAAUAUCAACGCGCCAAAAAUUCGCGUUAGUUUAAGGUGCGUCAAUUUUCAGUGUCGGCGCUAACUUCCGUGCCAUUAAUUAAGUGGAGCGGUCAUUUCCGCGACCUGAAAGUCGUCUUAAUUUCAAAUACAACAAUUCAAACGAGCGUUAAUUUCCCUGUAAUAAGGUAAGUUGUCACCCUUCCUACCCCCGGAGAGGAAGCCUUUUCGUGUUCAAAUUAGUCAUUGGUUUAUCGAGCAAAUGACAUAUACUCGCGUGUGCUGUACUAGUUUGUCACGAUAUCCUGCAACACAUCAGCCGUGGAGUUUUAAAGUAGGUAGAGCUCAUUCUUGCUUGAUUCCUUCUUUUUGGUUUUAAGUUAUAAAAUCCAAAGUUAUUUGUCUCCGAACAUUUUGGGUCCUUUAGACCUAUGCACAUUGCUUUAUCAUUCCUCGGUAGCUUUGUUUAUAUAUUUACGCUUCUAAUCAUCCACUCCCGCCAAAAGUGUUCAAGUUAAAUGUAAAAACCCAUUCACUGUGCUAAUUCCCUAUUAACUCUAUCACCAAAGAACUAGUAAUAUUGUUUGCAAAUAACCUUAAAAUCAGAAUGGUGUACUGCAAAGAACCUGCUUAAAUAAGUGCGUUACAUUUUUAUUAUUCCGCACAGUUUUGAUCACCACUUAUGAUAUGUAAAAUCAUCCUUCAUUCGAACUGGUUCAAGUAUCAGUCUUUUUGUUCACGACUUGUUUCCAUUUUGUUGUAAGUUACGUUUUUAUUUUCAGUUUCUGUCGUUAAACUUCUCUUUGAGUGUAGGAAUUAAAAUUAACAACAACCCAAGAAGUAAAUUUAACUUAGUAAUUGCCUUUUCUGAUUUUUCAUGGUCAGGUCUAUCGCCCACGGUCUGUAGUGUACUUGGGUUUGCUUGUAGACUACAAAACUUCUUUAAAUCUACCAAAAGAGUUGAAAAUAUAAUGCACGUUUGACUUCUGGGUUGGUCUUGCUUUUAACGUUGUUUCACAAAACCGCCUUCUGAGUAAUUUGAAACUGAUCUGUUUACUAUGAACAGGUUUAGGCCAUACUUGGCGCAAAAUAGAAAAGGCAUUUAUUUACGCUCGUAUAUCAAAGUCCACUGCUUUAAACGCGGUUUAGAUAAUAACGACUCUAACUUCCGGUUAGUUUUCUCUGCAUUUUUAUCAAUCGAUUUUUUAUUAAAUUUUUUACCUUUCCAUUGCUAGUAAAAUUUAUCAUUAAUUUGCUUUGUUGUCUUGGAAACUCAUGUCUUUUCUUCAACUGAUGUGUGCCUAAAUUUAGCUCAGGCGGCGAUUGAUUGGUUAACGCUGUGACACGUACAUGUGUUUACUUGUACUUUACGAAGAAACUGUUUUUAGACUCGUGGUUCAACACCUGUAUGACAAAGGUCGUGUCAUCGACAAUAUUGCUUGACUUUUGAUCACGCUAUCUUUAAGGCUGUAUUGGACUUCCGUACCUCUCAGCUUUCUGCCAGUACUUUAAUCAGGAUCUCCUAUUUGGGUUCGCGAGGAAAUGUUUAUGACCAACCGAACUUUCAAUGGUCCCGGUUUGGUUUCAGAUUAUUAACUCCUGCGAAAAAAAACCUUCAUUAAUUAACUGAAAGAGAAUGGCAUAGUUUUUUUGCGUUUUUCUUUUCUUCGUAGUCGUAAUGCAAAAUCCUAAUGGGUGACUUUUCUAAACUAAGUGACUACGAAGCUUUUUGUUUCAGUGAAAACGGUGGGAAAAUUGUAAAAUUUUGUCAGGUGUGUGAUUUGGUACACUCGGCCUGUAUGUUUUUUCGGUCAAGUAUCAGUCGAGGAAUUUUCAAGAAUUUAUUUUAUGUUGUAGUUAAUCCACUGAGUCUUCAUCACGCGCAAUGUUUUCCUAUUUUUUAGGUUGCAUGAUUUGCCUGGGAAAAUCCAACUACUUCCGGUUCAAUCAUCCCAGAGAAGCAAAGAGAAUCAAGGAGUCAAAUCCAGGCAACAGAUUCUCCAUUGUUCCAGAUCAAUACUACCCAGGUAUGCCGGCCAAAAAGGACCUCGAUCCGAAGAGAAACGUUUUUUUGUUAGCACGGUUUAACAGCGACACAUUUAGCUAUAUUCAUAGUUUUUCCCUGAUACUUUAAACUUGUUACCCAUGCCAGGUUGAAUGUAAAGAUUGUAUAUUUUUUUGAACAAUCAAACAUGGUAUCGGCUCACGAUUUAGUCACUUCUGGUGUAGUUCAGUUGCUUUCUCCUUCUCCGCAAAGGUCUCUUUGCGUCACAGGAAAACUGGGAGAGGCGAAAACAAGCGCGCGUGUGGUUCAUGGGAAGGGGAAAGAUGAGGAAUGAAGCUCCCACCUUUUCGCUCCCUUCCCUUCGUCCCUCGCGCGCUUAUUUUUUAAAAUUUAUUUCUAUUUUACUAGAAAAGAUCGUUUUCGCUCUCGUGGUCAGCGGCUAUGCGAAUUUCUUGGAACAAAAGAAAGCUAUUUCACGAGAAAAAAGUUCAAUCCUCGGCCUGAUUUUUUUAGUACACUAACAUUACCGCCGCGGUUUCAAUGUUUUGUACACCGAUAUAGCCGCCGUUAAUACGUCAAGUGAAAUGUUCUUUACGGGAGCCUCUGCGGCGGAAAUAGAAUCAUUUGCGACCUACAUGUACAUCACAAGUAACCACGUCGAGAAGCGAAAGAUGAAAACCUUUUCCAUUAUUGUACUUCGCCUCGUUGAAUUUAUAACGAUUUUUGCUGUAAUGAUUUCAAUCUUUUUUCAAAGACGCUUCACUUCAAUUUCGUGAACAUUUGCCUUUUUCUGUCUCCAGAUGUGGAGCUCGCCAUUGAACAGUAUAAAAAAGAUAAACAAGAAAGAGAAAGACUCCAAAAAGAAAACGAACGUCUGCUGUCCCUGGAACACGAGUACAAGGAAGCUGUGGAGCGAAUAGAGUUCGAAAAAACGCAACUCGAAGAGGAGCGUCGACAGUUACAAGAGAUGGAAGAACAGCACAGACAAGCUGUCGAGAGCUUUGAGGAGGAGAUCGCAGUGCAGAUUGUAGAACUGGAAAGACAAAGAAAGGAACUUAGACACUUUGAAGAGGAGAAAGAAAAGCUCAUGAUUCUACAGGAAAAAUAUGAAGAGAAUGUCAGGAAACAAGAACAGGAACGCUCAAACAAGGAGAAAAGGUGGGUGUGCUGUAAGGGUCCUAUGGGUCCAUUUCUCGAAAACCCCGUUAGAAAAAAAAAGCCCCUUUGACAUUUCGGUCCCUUUAAUUUGAAGUCAUAUUCUAAACAAUGGUAACGCUAGCUUCUUAGGGAUUUGUCACGCAUUCCUCCUUUUGUGUUGGAGGAAUGUAUGACGAAUCCCUAAGGACGUCUGCGAGGGAGGCUGGUAGCUAUGGUAACGCGGGCUCUAGCCCAUAAAACCAGCGCAAACUGUUCCAUUAAGUUAGAGUUUUAUUGUAAAAUGACCCGUAUUACUCUUAGAUCUUUAAAGAGUCAACUCCCAGCAUGAGUCGUACCUAUGACCUUCUGGUUUUUACUUAAGACCAGCUGCUCUUUCACUGAACUACAGGAGACUCGUGGGUCGUAAGAGCUAAGGUCAUAAACCAUCAAAAUUUGAAUUCUCAUUUGUUGCCCCUAUUCAUUUCCUACAGAAGUAGUUGGGAGAAGUUGAUAAGAUAUCAGGCAAAUUGUGUGAUCAUGUUUGUAAUUCUUAUGACCACUCUGUUUUACAAAGCAUUGAUAUGACAAGGAGAAUUUUGAUGCUGAUCACUCUUCGGGCUUAGGUGGUUGAACUCGAUUCAUUUGACGAGCAUCCUGUAUACUACUAAGUUGACUAACUAUCUCUAAGGGACAGUGCCGUGGGAAUUCUCCGAAUAUUUAGAACAAGAAUUUGCUUAAAUUAUAUUUUAUUUCCUGUUUUUUACGAAGACACCGUAAAUCCUCUAUUAAACUCCAACCCCCCCCCACCCCCCUCGGGGGGGCUCAUUUCUUUCAAGUACGGGUGAAGGGGAGAUGAGGGUGGGACGUUAUAGAGGGGAGGGGCUUAUUUGAUUAUUUAUGUUAGCGAGGAUGCUGAUAUCAAUUCUCCAUAAAAACUAGAGCCCAGAGUGAAAAAGCUCAGGCGCAUGAAGGUCAUACACGGGAAGAUCAAAAACAAAUCCGAACUUUCAGCACGUGAAUAAAUCGUACCGCACGUGAAGUGUUACAGUCGUGAUUGAUUAAAAUACAGUCUAUCAUUUGAGAAUAAAGGGGUAGGGAAGGGGGGAGCUUAAAAGAGACGGAGGUGCUUACUCACUUUCCUCCCCUGAAAAGGGAAGCUUAAGUGAGAGGAGGGCUUAAUAGAGGAUUUACUGUAGAUGAAGUCAAUUUACAUUUUUAACGAAGGAUGGGACACAACAAAUUUUUGCCAUUUUCAUCGAAGAAACUAAAGAAAAUCUCGAAAAUACGCGGUCGACUCUUUGAAAUGUAUAAAUCCGUCUUUUUCAUCCACGGCCUAAAACAUGAUUCUCACUUUUCCGGCGGUAGAGUUCAUCGAAAUCUCCUUUACAUUUGAAGGGGUUACUAAAAAUAGAUACCCUGUCCUUUUUCAAUUAAUGUAAACGUUGCCCCAUAUAGAGAGUUUUCCGGACCAGAAGUGUUUUUUAGCCCCUGGAUGGUGACUAAUAAGUAAAUAGGGAUCUUUCGUGAAUUUCACGAGCAUGCUUUAAGCCUGUAUUGGAUGUCUUGACAAAACUAGAAGCAAGAAUCGCCAAAGGAUUCAAAAAAUAAGAAAUAUGAGCUGGAGAAUUUACUCAAAGUUUCAUGUAAAUGGUCAUUUCGAUAUCUGCCCGAAAUGAAAUUUGUAUGACUCUGAUGGGUUCUUGUAUGACUCGAUUAUGUUAUUUAAUCCGGAUAUUCUACCGAUAACUUCCGCCUGUAAUCUUACACGUGCCAUCUUAAAAUGUUUUGCUUCGUUGAAUCUAGUUUACUUUAUAUCUGGCGCUCUUCACUUACUCAUUGUAUAAAUUCUUUAACUGAAAUGGCGAAAUUUCGUUCUGAAACAUUGUACUUAGCAAGGAAUGUCGUAAUCAGUUCCUGUGUGAUCAGUCACAAGUUAUUGAUGACGUCAGUUCAUAUUGUGACUGGCACGCGAUCUGGGUCAAGAUUCGAGUCCAAGGUUUUACGUUGACUGUCAAACGUAAUCAAUUGUUUAUCUAAACUUGAGGUUUAUAAUGAGAGUUACCUCAAACCUUUUCAGUUAUUACUGAAUGGGUUUAUCAUGCUCGAAUCCGUCUUGGAAAAGGUAAUUCUUGGAGCAGACAUUGUUUUUUUUUUUUUUGAUCGGUGCAGUUGCUUGACAAACCGGCCACAACACAUUCAAGUCUUAAAAUAGUGUCGAGCAUCUCCAUUUGAAUGACCUAUAAUUUGGAUUUGAAAAUUUAUAGAACUCUCAAGUAAAGUGACAAGUUUCGUGCAACAAAAGCUUUGGGAAUACGCCAAGAAUAUGAUUGCUUGAACGAGAGGGGAUAAUGUAUAAGACUUAAAGGUUUCAAAUGUAGUUUCAGAAAUUUUGCAAGUAAGUCUGCUCAUGGCGGUAUUGUUGUUGUUUUGUAGGCGACAAGAAGAGUAUGAGAGACUUAAAGCCAUGAAGGCAAAACUAGAGGGAGAGGAAGGAACGGAGAAAGAGAGAGUAGCCAUCGAGGAGUUAAGACAACAACUUGCCCUUCAGGAGAUAAAUAGCCUGGAAGAGGAAAUGCUGACGUAUGAACGUCAACAACUUGAUAAUGAGCUUAUUGAAGAAGAGCGGAGGAAACUUGAGCAAAUGAAAGACAGGCAAAGCGAGGUUAUUAAGCAACUUGAAGACGAACUUAACGCGCAGAUAAAAAUACUGAAGGAGGAAAGAGAAAAGGAGAACUCAAAGAUUGAAAAGGAGAAAGAGAGGAUACAGUUAUUGGAGCAACAACAACAAGAAGCUCUUAAAACUAUUGAGCUUGAGAGAGAACGGCUUGACAAAGAAAGGGAAGAAGAAAAAGUGAGACUUCAAGAAGAACGAGAGCGAUUAAACAAACUGGAGAAAGAACGCUUGGAAAUGCUGGAGAACGCGGCGAGGGAACAAGAACAUGAGAAACAAAUGAUCGAAUCAGAGAAGAAAAGGCUUGUUGAACUUGAAGAACAGCACGCACAGGCCAUGAAAGAAAUUGAAGAGAGCAUGAUUUCGAAACAGGAUAGGAUGGAGCGCGAGCGACAAAUAGAAUUCGAGUUCUUCGAGACUGAGCAACUCCUUCUCGAAGAAUUGGAACAGAAACAACGUGAAGCUGGCCAACAACUUGAGCGAGAAAAGGAGCUUAUUCGGGAGCAGUUUGAAAAGGAACGAGAAGAGGAGCGAAGGAAGCUUGAGGAAGAGCACAGGCGAGUUCAAGAGCUGCAAGCUCAACAACAGGAGACGCUCAGGCAGGCAGAAGAGGAGCGACGCCGACUUCAAACUGAGCUAAAAAAUCAGAGAGAACAGAUGGCGAAGGAGAAGCAGCGCUUGAUUAAUCUGGAGAAGGAAUAUAAAAAGAUCAGAAAUAAUGGCGCUGAGGCUCCUCCACUGUUGUCAGCGUUAAAGAUACAGGAUGUGUCGCAGCUUGGAAAGGGCUGCUCACUCCAGGAGCGAAAACAGCGCUUAGAACAAGAAAAGCGCAGACUGAUUGAGCUAAAACGAGAAGCUGAACAUCUGUGGCACGUCAAACAGCAGGAAAGUAGCGCCGAAAGCGGGAGCAGUGGCGACGAAAGAACUCAGGAUAAAACAGCGCUCAAGUUACAGCGGGAGAAGGAAAAGAGAGAGAAACUAGAGCGCCAGUUGGCUGAAGUACAGCAACAAAAGAAUGCAGCGGAAGAUGGUGAAAAGGUGAAGGAGCUUGAAAAAGCGCUAGGAAUGGAACGCACGAGAAGACAAGAGAUGGAAAAAAUUCUCUCUGAAAAGCAGAAGCAGGAGGAGCUGGAGAAGGUCGCCGCGGCUGAAAAAGCUCGCAAGGAAAUGAUGACCGAGAAGGCUAUUCAGGAAAGACUCUCCACAAAGGUAAAGGUGUUCAUAAGAUUUUUUUGUGAUUUCUUCACUCAUCAUUUUGGUACGUUAAUAGAUACCUACUACUUGCAAAAGAGAGUCUGUUGUGCUUAUAACCAGUAGCUUUAAUUCUUACUCUCAGACAAAGUUUCCAAAUUUCAUUUUAUGAAAUGCUGAAAAACAGUGCAAAGUGAUUUCGUUAGACUGGUCAUACUGUAGGAUUUUCUCCACAGUUUCAAAACUUAGAACCAACUUUAAAAAAUCCAUCAUUCACUCGGGGAAUCGUGAAUCUAUCCCAAGUUACUGAGAGGUGUGAAAUAUGAGUUUGGCAUUAUAGAAAAACUCCAAUGAUGCAACACUUACACUAUGAAGGCUAGAGAUUGAGCAUGGCUUACGAACGAGGAACGUAGCAUUCAAAAUAAACAGCAAACUAAACAUUUUAAGAUGCAGAGAUGGCCAUGUACCUCCCUUUAGACAUGUCCGUGGUAUAGCCCUACAACAAUACGUUGUUCAUUGGUGGAAAACAUUACUUCAGGUAAAUCCAGACAAUGGAGAUCCUCAUGGUAAACUCGGCCCAAGGUUGUGCUCAAGCUAGGCUGUCUGCUAGGGAGCAGUCAUCCUUUUAAAGUCAAUACGACAGUAGUACCUUUUAAAAGCUUUACUACCUUUUACAUAUGUGGACGAAAUCCCAUGAUGGUACGUAAUAAUGAAACCUCUUUUGCAGAACUUAAGCAUAGUACAAUAUAUUUCUGAGGAAAUUACGAGAAGAAAAUUGGAGUUGUCUGUGUUUUUAGUUUGGCCAGUUUGGUAGGGUAAGAGAACUGGAAGGGAAACAUGUUUGCCCCGUAUUUAUUUUUAAUGGGAAAUCAUGGUCCCCUUCAAAAUAGAUAGUUUAAGGUGUCAUCGUUCUGGCUUAUCUUCCGGGUAUAAAGGGUCGGUUAACCAUAUUCACGGAUACGGGUACAACUAUUGUACCCGGGGCGGAUUCUACCCACACCCCUCCAGCCCAAAUGUUGCAUCUUAUGGUCUCUACGUUUUUUUGGUCAUCCGUACUGAUCAGAGUUUUUCUUCUGUUUCACGUAACGUAACGUAACGUAACAGGUCAAGAACGGCACGUCCCAUCACGAAGAGGACCUCAACCUUGUGCAGCACCUUGUUGCUACUGGUCACGUGUUAGAAAACUGUCCAUCAGUGCGUGUAACCGCCAGCACCUGCAAGGGCUACUUGUCGAAAAUGGGUGGAAAACUUAUCAAAUCGUGGAAAAAGCGCUGGUUUGUACUGGAUCGACAGAAGCGUGCCCUUUGCUACUACGCCGACGAGCACCAGAAAACGCCUAAAGGGAUUAUUUAUUUCCAAGCCAUUCAGGACGUCUAUGUAGACUUGCCCAUGUCAUAUAAGGGCUCUUCCUUAAGGACUACGUUUUGCGUUAAGACUCCGCAGGAAACGUAUUACGUUGCCGCACCUAGUGGACUGGCAAUGAGUAUCUGGAUUGAUGCUAUUCUCACGGGUAGGGAGGGGGCUGAUUUUAACAACUGA